UCGACUCCCUCCGCGCAGCAAUCACCAUGGCCCGCGGCGCAAUUGUGAAGCAGGAACAGGACGACGGCUUGGCGGGAGGAGAGCAGAAAGCCAACAAGCGGCGUUGCGUGCAGAGCGCCUGUGGUCCAUGUCGCAAACGCAAGUCAAAAUGCGAUGGUGGAACCCCAGUUUGUGCGACAUGCACCGCUGUCUACAAAACACCAUGCUUCUACGACGCCGAAAGCGAGACCCGUCGCAGCAAGGCAACGGCUACGAAGCGCGAGAACUCCAUUGCCUCGACUCAGCCGCUGUUCCCCUCAAACAACAACGCCGAAUUUCUCCUCUCUUCCAUUCGCACCUUGCCUGAGCACGAGGUCUACGAACUCGUCCAGCAAAUCCGCAAGGAUGCGCGUUUCGAUAUCCCCGCCCUGGCUGAUACGUGGCGCAAGACCGUCACGUUUCCUUCCACUACCACGAGCACGCCCGUAGAACCGCAGUCUUUAGAGGGGGAUUUGUCCAUGUUACUGGGGAAACCCGCCAUGACACAAUCUGGCGAAAGUCGAUACUUUGGCCAUACCAGCGGCCUGAGUCUGAUCCCAGAGGACGAGAACUAUACCCCCUCGCGCAUACGGUCGGCCAGUGUCGACCAAAGAAACUUCACCUGGACAGCUGUCACCCAGGACUCCGCGUUUGUAGAACAGCUUUUAGAUCUGUAUUUUCGCUGGUCUCACCCUUUCUAUGUUAUCUUCUCCCGGGAGUGCUUUUACAAGGAUUUCCGUAGCGGUCGGGAAAAGUAUUGCAGUCCACUGCUUGUGAAUGCGAUACUAUCAUAUGCGUGCCAUUUUACAGACGAACCUGCUGGCAGACUCGACCCCAAUAAUUCCAGAACGGCUGGUGACCAUUUCUUUUCCGAAGCGCGACGACUUCUAUACGAGGAUGAAACUCCCUCGCUCACAACUACACAGGCCCUCUGCGUCAUGGCCAUGCGCGAGCCAUCUGCGGGCAGAGACAGCUCGGGCUUCAUGUACAUGGGUCGAUGCAUGAGAAUGGUUAUUGAGUUGGGGCUUCAUCUCAACAACUCGGCAGCACCGGCGAUGCAGCUAACGCCUUCGGAGAUUGAAGUUCGCAAGGUCACAUUCUGGGGUUGUUUCACAGUAGACACUGUUUGGAGCAUCUGUGUAGGGCGUAUUUCGCAGCUUCCGCGAGCCGCCAUUACUUUGGAAAAGCCCAUACUGGAUGAAUCGCCUGCAGAACUGCACUCAGAUGCGUACUCGGGAACCUUACAAAUCUCAUCUGGAAUGGUGACGACCCGAGUGUUUCUGCAGCAGUUCAGUACAUUGUCCGAAUUGAUCAACGAUAACAACUACAUGUUCUUCGCACCCAAGGAACGCUUCACUAGUCGUCGACUACUGGAGUGCUAUAAUAAGUACCAAGAAUGGUACAAGAAUUUACCACGGAGCUUGAUAUUAGACGGCAUGCGAGAACCGCAGCCUCACAUCAUCGUUCUACACAUGUUAUACUACACUGCCAUCGUGCAUCUCUUUCGGCCUAUGCUCAAAGUCGACCUGAUUCACUCCCCUGUCUGUCCCCGAGACGCCUGCGUGGGUGCAGCUAACCAAGUAGCCGAACUAUUACGGCUUUAUCGCAGGCAUCACUCAUUGCGGGCUUGCCAGCUUGUUCUCACCCACAUUUUAUUAUCCGUUAACAUCGUACAUUUACUAUACAGUAACGAAUCUCAAGAAUCCUACCAAAACCUGGUCGAGGGCCUGACCGCCACGAAUGAGCUCAGCACGUGUCAUUAUUUUGGGAAACGAGGCUUUAAAAUCGUGCAGGCUCUAUCGAAGACUUGGCAUCUGCCGUUUCCCGAGGAGUUGGAGGGUAGUCAAUCGAACGCGGAGUCGAACCAGGAUCUAAUCUUCUCGCACUCUGCCGCAACUACUUCCAAAGCAAGUGCCACCAUACUAUCAAACCAGUCACACCAUCGAGCGCAGCAGCAGCAACCGCAGCGCAUGGUAUCCUCGUACCCCACAGCGUCCCGUCCUGCACAACAACAAGCGCAGUCGGUACCUACCACGCAGGCCGCCCCCAGUACCUCCAUGUCUGCCGAAACCCUCUUCUGGACACCAGUACCAGGAAUUGGCGUUCCUAUUCUACCCAGAAACUACCAAGUGAGCCCUAUGGAUUUAGAUAGCAUGCUCGGUGGGGGCGGCGCUAACACAAACGAGUGGGAUCGGUUCUCGCGCGACGGCUUCAAAAUGUCGGAUCAAUGGCAGCGAGAUUCCAUGGCUACUUUUGGCGACGGGGAAAGUCAUGGAUUCGGUCACCAUCACGCUGCGGGAGGUGGGGAACACGGCGGAUACCAUCCUGGCCAGGAUGGGGUGCCGUAUCACGCGGCACAGGAGUCAGGGCAGCAGGGUAGUAGUCACCAUGGACACCAGGGGUUUGCUACUGGAUGGUGGGGUGGUGGUGAGGGGAGUGCUGGACACCUGAGCUGACGAGUGUGGAAGUGGGAGGGAAAAGAUCAUAUACAUUUAACAUAUACACAAGAGGAGAACCUAGCAAUCAACACAUCUUUCGCUUGUUUGUUCAGUCAUGCCCGACUAUAAUAACAACGAUUCGGGCUUUUUAUCCUGUGCAACCGUUUCUUUUCUCUUUCUUUUCUUCUGGAGUGUUUUCGUAAUGCAUCUUUCGCAUAAAAUUCAUCCAGAUUUGAGUUUUCUGAGAUCACGAAAUGAGAAAAAUGCUACGUCUCUACACUUUCUCUUCUUGUUUCCUUGCCCUAUUCUAUCACCUC